AUGCUGCGACGCACUCUCGCGCCAACCGCAGCCAGGAGCCUACGGCGGUACGCAUCCACCUCGGGCAACCCCGCGGACCGCAACUCGGCCAGCCGCCAGAACUUCCGCCGCGUGGUCCUGACCGGGGCCGUUGCCCUCAUCACUGCGGUCGGCGCCAUCACCGGCGCCAGCCUCAAGGGCGACAAGGACGUCGUCACGCAGAGGCAGAAGGUCCAGGAGAUGCCCAUCGCCGAACGCAUCGCCAUGAUAGACGCCCGGCGCGCCGAGCUGCUCAGGGCCAAGGCCGACCUGGACAGGAAGCUGGCGAGGCUGCAGGCAAGGAUGAGUGGCGACGCUGCCGCCAAGGAGGGAGGCCAGCAGAGGGACUGA